AAGCACAUGUCUGUGUCCUAGAUGAAAAUGCGUGUUUUUAGCGGACCUGGCACCCUCCGUACCGGUCAGACUCAAUAAUCAUGGCGGAUGAAGUAGAGCAGCAACCGACUACCAACACUGUCGAGGAGCCUCUCGAUCUGAUCAGACUCAGUCUAGACGAGAGGAUCUACGUCAAGAUGAGGAACGACCGAGAACUCCGCGGCCGACUGCAUGCCUACGAUCAGCAUCUGAACAUGAUCCUGGGUGACGUGGAGGAGACGGUGACGACGGUGGAGAUUGAUGAGGAGACUUAUGAAGAACUCUACAAGUCGACUAAGAGGAACAUCCCCAUGCUGUUUGUCAGAGGAGACGGCGUCGUCCUCGUAGCUCCGCCUCUCAGGGUGGGCUAACCCCGGGACCGCUUCCUGGUGUGAAGGAGCGUUUGUGACAGCUGGGACGUUCAUAACUGUGAGGGAGAAGAUGGUGCUGUCAUUGACAGGCUAAUGCAGGGGGAAGAUUAAAACAUCUUCAGCCCCCUCCGGUCAGACUUUCGUCAACACCUUCCUCUUACUUUACGUUCAUGACUCGACGGGAACUUCACAAAUACUCAACUUCCUUUUGUGGGGCUGCAGGGACACAUGUUUUACAUGUUUUGAUAAAGAUAAAGAGGACUUUUGUUUUGGACUGACAGGGCUUAUGACCUUUUAAAUCUUUAUUUGAGCGAAUUGUUAUUUGAUUGUUUUUUGGAGUGUGGGUGAUUUCAGGCCACCGUUUUAAGGAUAUCUCUUUUGAUUUUGCUCAGCACUGCAUUUAAUAAAUCCCCACAGUUUUAGUUAAGCCAGAAAAAAAACCCUAAAAAUGUAAUCACCUCUAGAGGAUUUAGUUACCUCUUAAUCCCAGUGUCUGCUUGUACCAGACUACGCUACAAACGGCUCUUCACGGUUCAGAUGUGUGUAUGGAAACUUGUUUUGGCCCCGAUUUAAUGUGUUAAAGAAGUAUUACCAGAGAAAAACUACAUGUAAUUCUUGAUUUUUGAAAUUUCUGAAGUGAAACUUUUUGGUUCUAAGCAAAAGUCUUGAAGUGACUCCAAACCCCAUGAUCUGUGAAUAUUUGGGAAGUUGUUUAAGUUUCUGUUGGACACAUUUAGUUUCUUUUUUUUUAAUACAUAUUUUUGUAGUGUUUAUAAUGAGAUUAUGUUGUGCUCAUUUGUCUCCAUUUGAUUUUGGUAAACUUUAAUAAAAAAGAAAAAGGUGAUUUGAA